UUCUUCCCUAAUGGUGAAGCCAUCUGCACUGGCUCAGAUGAUGCCACCUGCCGUCUCUUUGACCUCCGGGCGGACCAGGAGCUCAUAGUGUACUCUCAUGAGAGCAUCAUCUGUGGAAUCACAUCAGUCGCCCUUUCCCGCAGUGGGCGUCUCUUGCUUGCUGGGUAUGAUGACUUCAACUGCAACAUCUGGGACUCCCUGAAAGCAGAGCGUGUGGGAAUACUUUCUGGCCACGAUAACAGAGUGAGCUGCCUGGGCGUGACAGCAGACGGCAUGGCUGUUGCCACUGGCUCCUGGGACAGCUUCCUCAAGAUUUGGAACUGA